AUGCUUGACCAAGAUUGGAUCAAGAGCUUACUCAACAUCCCCGUCACUCAUGUUGCGGGGAUUUUCGCAGCAUCGACUGUUAUCUACUUUGUCUCUUCCUGCUUCUACAACCUGUACUUGCACCCACUGAGAAAGAUCCCGGGACCAAAGCUCGCUGCCAUUGGACCCUACCUUGAAUUCUACCAUGAAGUCAUCCGGGAUGGCCAGUAUCUCUGGGAGAUCUCCAAGAUGCACGACAAAUAUGGCCCCAUCGUUCGAGUAAACGCCCGCGAAGUUCACAUUAGGGAUUCAUCCUACUACACUACUAUCUAUACUGCUGGUUCUCGCAAGACCAACAAGGACCCCGCCACUGUCGGUGCUUUUGACGUUCCCUCCGCCACUGCCGCCACUGUCGAUCAUGACCGUCAUCGUUCUCGUCGCGGCUACCUGAACCCUUACUUCUCGAAGCGAACCAUCACCAACCUCGAGCCUUUCAUCCAUGAGCGGGUUACCAAGCUUUUGACUCGAUUCCAACAGCAUCUAGACGACGGCCAGGUUCUCAGUCUUGAUGGUGCUUUUUGUGCCUUGACCGCCGAUGUCAUCACUAAUCGAUUCUAUGGCAAGCACAACGACUAUCUCAGUCUUCCCGACUUCCACUUUGUCGUUCGCGACGGAUUCUUGGGUCUUACCAAGAUCUACCAUCUUGCACGCUUCCUCCCUGCUCUGGUCUCCGUUCUGAAGCGCCUCCCUUACUCUUGUAUCCGCAUGAUCGCACCUUCUGUGUGUGAUCUUCUCCAGAUGCGAGAUGAGAUUCAGGACCGCGGUGGUGAGGAGUUCCUGUCCAACAAAGCUCAUGAGGCCAAGUCAUCCAUCCUUUUCGGUGCCCUUGCAGACUCACACAUCCCCGCUCAUGAACGAACCGUGGAGCGAAUGCUCGAUGAGGGUACCGUUAUCCUGUUUGCUGGUACCGAGACUACUUCAAGGACACUGGCCAUUACCGUAUUCUACCUCUUGACCCAUCCUGAGUGCUUGAAGAAGCUCCGAGAGGAGUUGAAAACCCUCCCACCUGUCAAGGACGACAAUUUCCCCCUCUCUACCCUAGAAAACCUCCCUUACCUGAACGGUGUCGUCCAUGAGGGAUUCCGUCUCGCUUUCGGUCCAAUUUCUCGCUCGGGACGUGUGGCUACUCAGGAGAACUUGAAGUACAAGGAGCAUGUCAUCCCUGCCGGAACUCCCAUUUCUCAGUCCACCUAUUUCAUGCACACCGAUCCCAAGAAUUUCCCCGAGCCCGAAAAGUUCAAGCCUGAGCGAUGGAUCGAGGCACAACAGAAGGGUAUCCCUCUCAAGAAGUACAUCACCAACUUCUCUCAGGGUUCUAGACAGUGCAUCGGAUACACCAUGGCCUUUGCUGAGAUGUACCUCGCUCUUUCUCGCAUUGCCCAAGCUUACGAGGUUGAGCUUUAUGACACCACCAAGGCCGACAUUGACAUGACUCACGCCCGUAUUGUUGGCUACCCCAAGGCAAUUCCAGGCAAGAAGGAACACCUUGGCGAAGUUCGAGUCAAGGUUCUCAAGGCUUUGUAA